AGAAGCCAAAAGAGCAAAAUAUUGCAUAUGCUCGGAUGUCUGCUGUCCGUGCAGCGUUUCCAACGCCAUUUAGGGAGGGCUGGACCCGCACGGGAGGCGAGUGGACUUUGCACCUCCGAGGGGGACUCUCGAGUACACGCGUUGUCACACGAGGGGCAUUUCUUUCCAUUGGGAGAUGUGAUCUACACCGCUCUGACGUCUGCAUCAGAUAUUACCCACUUGCUUCCCCCCCCCCCCAACCCCCCUCCCCAAUGUGCAUUUUCCCCUCAGCGACUUUGCGCUGAUCUCCAUCAUCAUCAUCAUCAUCGUCAUCCUCAUCCUCAUCAUCAUCCUCAUCUGCAGCAGCGACAAGAGGAGAAAGCAGGGAAUGAAGAUUCCAUUUUUUUUCUCUUUGUGAGCUCCCAGCCGAGAGAAAGAGCUGACUCUUCCCCGACCGACAUCACGUCUGGUUCCAGUCGGCGCCGCUCCUGCAGCUGCAACCAUGCCUCUUGUGCACACUUGGACCGGGAAAUUUCAUCCGCCGAUCUGAGACUACUUUCUGUCUGUUUUCUCGUCAUUGCUGGCACCGCGUUUUGAUAUUCGAACGGGUUGUUUUCGAGCAAGAUGUCCGGUCUGGCGGUGUUGGUCGAGGGGCUCUGUGACCUGCACGGAUUUCCAUAGCCAAUUAUUCCAAUUUUUGACAUCCAGAAGCCUGCUUGAAGACGUCGCAUGCGUACACGUAGGCUCCAGUUUACUGGACAUUCUACUCCCAUUGCCUGUUUUUACUUUGUGCAUUUGCCGGACCGAGGAACCAGUUGACUGGUUGGAUUAUAGAGACUAGAAAUAAGGAUUUGUGGAGAUGGUGGGUCGUCAAGAAGAUCAAUUAUGUGGAAUUUUCUCUGCUCUGGCGGCUUUGUCCUUCGCAUGUUUUAUUCAAAGCUCCAGCGGAAGCACGGGGAUGUCUGUGGCCAAGACGACCGUGGACAAGUUGCUGAAGGGAUAUGACAUCCGUUUAAGGCCCGAUUUUGGAGUGAUGUAUUUCUCCUUUGUUUGGUCAGGUGCUCCCGUCAUUGUCGGGAUGAGCAUCAACAUUGCAAGCAUCGAUUCCAUCUCUGAAGUAAACAUGGACUACACCAUCACAAUGUAUUUCCAGCAGAGUUGGCGAGAUAAGCGUUUGGCCUAUGGUGAGCUGAACCUCAACUUGACUCUGGAUAACCGGGUGGCAGACCAGCUUUGGCUCCCAGACACCUACUUCCUUAAUGACAAGAAGUCCUUUCUUCAUGGAGUGACGGUUAAAAACCGGAUGAUCCGACUGCACCCCGACGGCACCGUCUUGUACGGGCUGAGAAUAACGACCACUGCUGCUUGUAUGAUGGACUUGAGGAGAUAUCCUCUUGAUGAGCAGAACUGCACCUUGGAAAUUGAAAGCUACGGAUACACCACCGACGACAUCGUGUUCUUCUGGCAAGGCGGCGACAGCGCCGUGACCGGCGUGGACAAAUUGGAGUUGCCUCAAUUCUCCAUUGUGGACAUCCAGUUGGUCUCCAAGGAAGUACGCUUUACGACAGGUUCUUAUCCAAGGCUUUCGCUGAGUUUCAGGAUUAAGAGGAACAUUGGAUAUUUCAUCUUACAGACGUAUAUGCCCUCCAUCUUGAUCACCAUUUUGUCCUGGGUCUCCUUCUGGAUCAAUUAUGAUGCGUCUGCAGCGCGGGUAGCCCUGGGUGUGACGACGGUGCUCACCAUGACGACCAUUAACACCCACCUUCGGGAGACUCUCCCGAAGAUCCCCUACGUGAAAGCCAUCGAUGUCUACCUCAUGGGCUGUUUUGUGUUUGUGUUCCUGGCCCUGCUGGAAUACGCCUUUGUCAAUUAUGUAUUCUUUGGCCGGGGCCCGGCACAACAGAAGAAAAUCAAUGAGAGGCUGAAUAAAGUCAACAAUGAGCGCACACGAUAUGAAGAGAAGCGCCUAAGGGAACAGGACUCCAUUUCCGUGCCGUUUCAAACCAACACCUUCAGGUCAUUUACACAGCGAAGAAAUCUCUAUCUCGAGGAACAAAGAAAAGUUGGGGUGGACGCGUACGGCAACAUUCUCCUCACCACGCUGGAGAUGAACAAUGAGGUGAUGCCUUCUGACGUGGGAAGCAGCGUCAGUGACUCUCGGAAUUCAGUCAUGUCCUUCGACAGCACCGGGGUCCAGUUCAGGAAGCCCGCGGCUCCCCGAGACGGCUUCGGCCACCGCUCGCUGGAUCGCGGCGCCGUGCGCGGCCGGGCCAACUGCCGACUACGGCGGCGCUCGUCCAAGCUCAAGUUGAAAAUCCCAAACCUGUCGGAUGUGAGCACCAUUGACAAGUGGUCCCGGGUCAUAUUCCCGAUCACUUUUGGAUUUUUCAACCUAAUCUACUGGUUGUACUACGUGAAUUGACGUGCAUCCCGCUAGGAAUCAUGGGCCAUAUUUUGAGAGCACAUUGAAUUGGCUUUGAUACAGUUCCAAAAUAUGUAUACACAUACAGGUUGAACAUAUGUAUAUGCAUAUUUCUACACAGUAUAUUAUAUUUAUAUAUACACACACACACGUGAAACCUGAAAGACUUUUCUGCUGUACAAAGUAUUAAUAAGAUGACUUGAAUGUUUAAAAAAAAAAAUGAAAAUGUCAGAAGAA